AUGUCUGAAAACGCAGCACUCGAAGUGCGGGAAAAGACCGAGAAAGAGCUCGAGAAAGAGCGCAAGAAGGCCGAGAAGCUGGCCAAGUUCCAGGCCAAGCAGGCCAAGAAGGAUGCGACUGCCGGCGCAGCCAAAAAGGACAAGCCCAAGAAAGCGGCAAAGCCCGCGGCCGAGCCGGUUCCUGAAUUCGUCGACAAAACCGCUCAGGGUGAGAAGAAGUUGCUGGUUAGCCUCGACGACCCCUCGCUGAAGGCAUAUUCGCCCAAGGCCGUUGAGUCCUCGUGGUACGCGUGGUGGAAAAAGCAGGGCUUUUUCGAGCCCAAGCUGACUGCCGACGGCGAAUGCCUUCCCGGUGGCCAAUUCGUCGUCCCUGCGCCUCCGCCUAACGUCACGGGUGCUCUGCACAUUGGACACGCAUUGACGAUCGCCAUCCAGGACUCCCUCAUUCGUUUCAACCGCAUGCGGGGUAAGACCUCGCUGUUUGUCCCUGGUUUCGACCACGCCGGUAUUUCCACGCAAAGCGUUGUUGAGAAGAUGCUCUGGAAAAACGAGCAAAAGACUCGCCAUGACUUGGGCCGCGAAAAGUUCGUUGAUCUGGUCUGGGAGUGGAAAGAAGAGUACCACGAGCGUAUUCGCAGACAGACAGAGUCUCUCGGUGCUUCGUAUGCCUGGAGUUACGAGGCGUUCACUCUUGACGAAACGCGUUCAAAGGCUGUGGCCGAAGCGUUUGUUCGAUUGUUCGAUGACGGUACCAUUUACCGCGCCACUCGUUUGGUCAACUGGUGUACCGCCCUCAAUACAACCCUCUCCAACCUUGAGGUUGAUAAUAAGGACAUUCCUGGCCGCACUUUGUUGAGUGUGCCCGGCUACGAGUCCAAGGUCGAGUUUGGUGUCAUCACCUCCUACGCCUACCCCGUGGUUGGUAGCGAUGAGAAGAUUGUUGUUGCCACCACUCGUCCUGAAACAUGCUUUGGUGAUACUGCCAUUGCCGUCCACCCUAAGGAUCCUCGCUACACUCAUUUGCAUGGUCACAAGGUCCACCACCCCCUGCUGGACCGUGAAAUCCCCAUUGUCCUCGACGAUGUCGCCGUCGACAUGGAAUUCGGUACUGGUGCCGUCAAGAUCACUCCUGCUCACGAUCCUAACGAUUACGAGACCGGUAAGCGCCAUGAUCUUGAGUUCAUCAAUAUUUUGAACGACGAUGGUACGCUUAACGAGAACGCUGGACCUUAUGCUGGCAUGAAGCGUUUCGAUGCUCGUUACAAAGUUAUCACUGACCUCAAAGAGAAAGGCUUGUUUGUCGAGCAAAAGGACAACCCCAUGACCAUCCCCACCUGCUCUAAAUCGGGCGAUGUUAUUGAGCCUUUGCUCAAACCUCAAUGGUGGGUUUCCCAGAAGGAGCAGGCUUUGAUGGCCAUUGAUGCUGUCAAGCAGGGCAAGCUGACCAUCACCCCCCGCUCAUCUGAGGCCGAGUUCUUCCACUGGAUGAACUCUAUUCAGGACUGGUGUAUCUCCCGUCAGCUAUGGUGGGGUCACCGCUGCCCUGUUUACUUGGUUGUUCGCGAGGGCGAGCCUCGUCCCGACCCCGCUGAUUCAACCAACUGGGUUGCUGGUCGUACCCGUGAGGAAGCUGAGCAGAAAGCUGCCGCCAAGUUUACCGGCAAGUUCGAACUCGAGCAAGACGAGGAUGUUCUGGACACCUGGUUCUCUUCGGGAUUGUGGCCAUUCAGCACGCUUGGCUGGCCCGAAAAGACUCCGGACAUGGCCAAGUUCUAUCCCAUGUCUUUGUUGGAGACUGGUUGGGAUAUCUUGUUCUUCUGGGUCGCUCGUAUGGUUAUGCUUGGUCUCAAGCUCACAGGCGAGGUUCCUUUCACCGAGGUCUUCUGCCACUCUCUUGUCCGUGAUGCUCAGGGCCGUAAGAUGUCCAAGUCUUUGGGCAAUGUCAUUGAUCCUCUGGACGUCAUUGCUGGUAUCUCGCUCCAAGGUCUUCACGACAAGUUGCGUGUCGGUAACUUGGAUUCCCGUGAGAUCAAAAAGGCUGAGGAUGGACAGAAAAUCUCGUUCCCUAAUGGCAUUCCUGAGUGUGGUACUGACGCCUUGCGUUUCGCCCUUUGUGCCUAUACAACUGGCGGUCGUGAUAUUAACCUCGACAUUAUGCGUGUUGAGGGUUACCGCAAGUUCUGCAACAAGAUCUAUCAGGCUACCAAGUUCGCACUUAUGCGCCUGGGUGACGACUAUGUUCCUUCUUCUGGGCCUGCCAAGGCUACCGGCAAGGAGUCUUUGGUUGAGCGGUGGAUUUUGGCCAAGCUUUCGGCUGCUUCCAAACAGGCUGCUGAGCACCUUGACAACCGCCAAUUCAUGGAGGCCACUAGCGUCAUCUACAACUUCUGGCUUUACGAGCUGUGCGAUGUUUAUAUUGAAAACUCCAAGUUCUUGAUUCUCGAGGGCACUGAUGCUGAGCGCAAGUCUGCUCAGGACACACUUUACACCUGUUUGGAUGAGGGUCUCAAACUGAUCCACCCCUUCAUGCCAUUUAUUACCGAAGAGCUGUGGCAGCGCCUGCCUCGUCGCAGUGAUGAGAACGUCGACUCGAUUGUUCUCACGUCAUAUCCGUCGAUUAAUGCAUUUGACGAUGCCGCCGUGCGGGGCUACGAUCUGGUGCUCGACGUUGUCAAGGCUGCGCGCUCUCUCCUUGCCCAAUAUAACAUUACCAAGGACGCCAAAGUCAUUGUUUCUGCAACUGGCGAGUCUCUUACCACUGUCACGGAGCAAAAGAACUCUAUUCUGUCGUUGAUCAAGGCGGCCAGCGAUCUCGAGCUCACCGACGAUGCUCAGACGCCUGCUGGUUCGGUUGUUGGCGUCGUGAGCCCUGUCUGCCGCGUCUUCAUUGUUGUUAAAGGCCACGUGAACUUUGACGAGGAAAUCAGUAAGGCCCAGGCCAAGAUCGACAAGAUCAACAAGGUCAAGGAGCAGCUCGAGAAGCAGACCAAGGUCCCCGACUACGAGACCAAGGUCAAGGCGUCUGUUCGCGAGCAAAACGACAAGAAACUCGAGGGCUAUGCUGCUGAAAUCAAGGGCCUCGAGGCUGUUCUCAGCGAGUUCAACCGCCUCAAGCUGGACUAA